UCCUCGUAUGGUCUGGGGAAACUGAGGCCGUUAUCCAAAGACAGGAGCAUCAGUGGACCAUGAACGGACACUGCUUUCUCCAGGGACUUGUCUGUCUCCUGUUUAGUGGCCCAUCGAGUGCUCAAAACAGCAGACAGCUCCGCCUGAUGAAUGGGAGCAGUCGCUGCGCUGGGAGAGUGGAGAUCCUUGACCAGGGCUCCUGGGGCACCAUCUGUGAUGACGGCUGGGACCUGAACGAUGCCCACGUGGUGUGCAAGCAGUUGAACUGUGGAGAAGCCCUCAGAGCCAUGGACUUUGCUCACUUCGGGGUGGGAAGAGGGCCCAUCUGGCUGGAUGAUCUGAAGUGCACAGGAAAGGAGUCCCAUGUGUGGAAGUGCCCUUCCCAGGGCUGGGGUCGGCACAAUUGUGAUCAUGGAGAAGAUGCAGGAGUCGUCUGCUCAGGCAGCAGACAGCUCCGCCUGGUGGACGGGGGCGGUCCCUGCGCCGGGAGAGUGGAGAUCUUUGACCAAGGCUCCUGGGGCACCAUCUGUGAUGAUGACUGGGACCUGGACGAUGCCCACGUGGUGUGCAGGCAGCUGGGCUGUGGAGAAGCCCUCAGUGCCGUGGGGUCUGCUCACUUCGGGGCAGGCUCAGGGCGCAUCUGGAUGGACAAUGUGAACUGUCGAGGAAAGGAGUCCCAAGUGUGGAAGUGCCCUGCUGGGGACUGGGGACAGCACAAUUGUGGUCAUCACGAGGACUCAGGAGUCAUCUGUUCAGACAGCAGACAACUUCGCCUGGUGGAUGGGGGUGCUCGCUGUGCUGGGAGAGUGGAGAUCCUUGACCAGGGCUCCUGGGGCACCAUCUGUGAUGACGGCUGGGACCUGGACGAUGCCCAUGUGGUGUGCAGGCAGCUGGGCUGUGGAGAAGCCCUCGAUGCCACAGGAUCUGCUCACUUCGGGGCAGGAUCAGGGCCCAUCUGGAUGGAUGACGUGAACUGCAGAGGAAAUGAGCUCCAGGUGUGGAAGUGCCCUUCCCAGGCCUGGGGUCGGCACAACUGUGAUCAUCAUAAGGAUGCAGGAGUCAUUUGCUCAGGAUUUGUGCGUAUGGUUGGAGGGGAUGGACCCUGCUCAGGGAGAGUAGAAGUGUAUUCUGGAGAAGCCUGGACCCCAGUGUCUGAUGGGAACUUCACACUCCCCACUGCCCAGGUCAUCUGUGCAGAGCUGGGGUGUGGCAAGGCUGUGUCUGUGCUGGGACGCGUGCCCUUCAGAGCAUCGAAUGGCAAGGUCUGGGCUGAAGAGUUCAGGUGUAAAGGGGAGGAGCCUGAGCUCUGGUCCUGCCCCAGAGUGCCCUGUCCAGGGGGCACUUGUCACCACAGUGGAGCUGUUCAGGUCAUCUGUUCUGCAUACUCAGACAUUCGGCUCAUGAAUAGUGGCACCUCUCAGUGUGAGGGGCAGGUGGAGAUGAAGAUUUCUGGACAAUGGAGAGCACUCUGUGCCUCCCACUGGAGUCUGGCCAACGCCAAUGUUGUCUGUCAUCAGCUCGGCUGUGGAGUCACCAUCUCCACCCCCAAAGGACCAGGCUUUGUGGAAGGAAGUAAUCAAAUCUCAACAGCCCGAUUUCACUGCUCAGGGGCGGAAUCCUUCCUGUGGAGUUGCCCUGUGACUGCCCUGGGUGGCCCUGACUGUUCUCAUGGCAACACGGCCUCUGUAAUCUGCUCAGUAAACCAGACCCAGGUGCUGCCUCAGUGCAAGGACUCCCUGUCUGAACCAGCAGGCUCUGCGGCUUUAGAGGAGAGCGCCCCAUACUGCUCAGACAGUAGACAGCUCCGCCUGGUGGACGGGGGCGGUCCCUGCGCCGGGAGAGUGGAGAUCCUUGACCAGGGCUCCUGGGGCACCAUCUGUGAUGACGGCUGGGACCUGGACGAUGCCCGCGUGGUGUGCAGGCAGCUGGGCUGUGGAGAAGCCCUCAACGCCACGAGGUCUGCUCACUUCGGGGCAGGAUCAGGGCCCAUCUGGCUGGACGACGUGAACUGCACAGGAAAUGAAUCCCAAGUGUGGAGGUGCCCUUCCCGGGGCUGGGGGCGGCAAGACUGCAGACACAAGCAGGAUGCGGGGGUCAUCUGCUCAGAGUUCCUGGCCCUCAGGAUGGUGAGCGAGGCCCAGCAGUGUGCUGGGUGGCUGGAAGUUUUCUACAAUGGGACCUGGGGCAGUGUCUGCCGAAGCCCCAUGGAAGACAUCACGGUGUCCGUGAUCUGCAGACAGCUUGGCUGUGGGGACAGUGGAACCCUCAACUCUUCUGUUGGUCUCAGGGAAGGUUCCAGACCCCGGUGGGUAGAUGGAAUCCGCUGUCGGAAAACUGACACCUCUCUCUGGCAGUGUCCUUCUGACCCUUGGAAUUACACUUCAUGUUCUCCAAAGGAGGAAGCCUAUAUCUCCUGUGCAGACAGCAGACAGCUCCGCUUGGUGGACGGGGGUGGUCGCUGUGCCGGGAGAGUGGAGAUCCUUGACCAGGGCUCCUGGGGCACCAUCUGUGAUGACAGCUGGGACCUGAAGGAUGCCCACGUGGUGUGCAGGCAGUUGAGCUGUGGCGAAGCCCUGGAUGCCAUGGUAUCUGCUCACUUUGGGGCAGGAUCAGGGCCCAUCUGGCUAGACGACCUGAAUUGCACAGGAAAUGAGUCCCACGUGUGGAGGUGCCCUUCCCGGGGCUGGGGGAGACACAACUGCAAGCACAACAAAGAUGCAGGAGUCAUCUGCUCAGACAGCAGACAGCUCCGCCUGGUGGACGGGGGUGCUCGCUGCGCCGGGAGAGUGGAGAUCCUUGACCAGGGCUCCUGGGGCACCAUCUGUGAUGAUGACUGGGACCUGGACGAUGCCCACGUGGUGUGCAGGCAGCUGGGCUGUGGAGAAGCCCUCAGUGCAGUGGGGUCUGCUCACUUCGGGGCAGGAUCAGGGCCCAUCUGGCUGGACAAUGUGAACUGUCGAGGAAAGGAGCCCCAAGUAUGGAAGUGCCCUGCUGGGGACUGGGGACAGCACAAUUGUGGUCAUCACGAGGACUCAGGAGUCAUCUGCUCAGGUACAGUCAGUGCAUGCUCUAUUCCAAUCAAAACAGUAGGAGCUCAGAACAGCAGACAGCUCCGCCUGGUGAAUGGGGAUGGUCCCUGUGCCGGGAGAGUGGAAAUUCUUUACCAGGACUCCUGGGGCACCAUCUGUGAUGACGGCUGGGACCUGGACGAUGCCCGCGUGGUGUGCAGGCAGCUGGGCUGUGGAGAAGCUCUCAAUGCCAAGGGGUCUGCUCACUUUGGGGCAGGAUCAGGGCCCAUCUGGCUGGCAGAAGUGAAAUGUGGAGGAAAUGAAUCCCACAUGUGGAAGUGCCCUUCCCAGGGCUGGGGGAGACAUAACUGCAGGCAUAACAAGGAUGCAGGAGUCAUCUGCUCAGGAUUUAUGCAUCUGGUUGAAGGGGAUGGACCCUGCUCAGGGCGAGUUGAAGUGUAUUCUGGAGGACACUGGACUCCGGUGUCUGAUGGAAACUUCACAUUUCCCACUGCCCACGUCAUCUGUGCAGAGCUGGGAUGUGGCAAAGCUGUGUCUGUGCUGGGACAUGUGCCCUUCAGAGAGUCUGAUGGCCGGAUCUGGGCUGAAGAGUUUAGGUGUAAGGGGGAGGAGCCUAAGCUCCAGUUUUGCCCCAGAGUGCCCUGUCCAGGGGGCACUUGUCACCACAGUGGAGCUGUUCAGGUUGUCUGUUCAGAAGUCCGGCUCAUGACAAACGGCUCCUCUCAGUGUGAGGGGCAGGUGGAGAUGAACAUUUCUGGACGAUGGAGAGCUCUCUGUGCCUCCCACUGGAGUCUGGCCAAUGCCAAUGUCGUCUGUCGUCAGCUCGGCUGUGGAGUCGCCAUCUCCACCCCCAGAGGGCCACACUUUGUGGAAGGAGGUGAUCAGGUCUUAACAGCCCGAUUUCACUGCUCGGGUGCAGAGUCCUUCCUGUGGAAUUGCCCUGUGACUGCCCUGGGUGGUCCUGACUGGUCCCAUGGCAACAUGGCCUCUGUGAUCUGCUCUGGAAACCAGACCCAGGUGCUGCCCCAGUGCAAUGAUUCCCAGUCAGAACAAGCAGGCUCUGCGACCUCAGAGGAGAGCGCCCCCUACUGCUCAGACAGCAGACAGCUCCGCCUGGUGGACGGGGGCGGUCCCUGCGCCGGGAGAGUGGAGAUCCUUGACCAGGGCUCCUGGGGCACCAUCUGUGAUGACGGCUGGGACCUGGACGAUGCUCACGUGGUGUGCAGGCAGCUGGGCUGUGGACAAGCCCUCAAUACCACAGGGUCUGCUUACUUCGGGGCAGGAUCAGGGCCCAUCUGGCUGGACGACCUGAACUGCACAGGAAAGGAGUCCCACGUGUGGAGGUGCCCUUCCCGGGGCUGGGGGCGGCAUGACUGCAGACACAAGGAGGACGCAGGGGUCAUCUGCUCAGAGUUCCUGGCCCUCAGGAUGGUGAGCGAGGACCAGCAGUGUGCUGGGUGGCUGGAAGUUUUCUACAACGGGACCUGGGGCAGUGUCUGCCGCAGCCCCAUGGAAGACAUCACUGUGUCUGUGAUCUGUAGACAGCUUGGCUGUGGGGACAGUGGAACCCUCAACACUUUUGUUGCUCUUAGAGAAGGUUCUAGACCCCGGUGGGUAGAUUUAAUCCAGUGCCGGAGAACUGAUACCUCUCUCUGGGAGUGUCCUUCUGACCCUUGGAAUUACAACUCAUGCUAUCCAAAGGAGGAAGCCUAUAUCUCAUGUGCAGACAGAGAGAAGCUCCGGCUCAGGGGAGGAGACAGCGAGUGCUCAGGGCGGGUGGAGGUCUGGCACAGCGGCUCUUGGGGCACCGUGUGCGGAUUUGUGCAUCUGGCUGGAGGGGAUGGACCUGGCUCAGGGGGUGUAGAGAUGUGUUCUGGAGAAGCCUGGACCCCAGUGUCUGAUGCAAACUUCACAUUCCCCACUGCCCAGGUUAUCUGUGCAGAGCUGGGGUGUGGCAAGGCUGUGUCUGUCCUGGGACAUGUGUCCUUCAGAGAGUCAGAAGGCCGGGUCUGGGCUGAAGAGUUCAGGUGUAAGGGGGAGGAGCCACUCUGGGUCUGCCCCAGAGUGCCCUGUCCAGGGGGCAGGUGUCACCACAGUGGAGCUGCUCAGGUUGUCUGUUCAGCGUACUCAGAAGUCCGGCUCAUGACAAAUGGCUCCUCUCAGUGUGAGGGGCAGGUGGAGAUGAACAUUUCUGGACGAUGGAGAGCACUCUAUGCCUCCCACUGGAGUCUGGCCAAUGCCAAUGUUGUCUGUCAUCACCUUAGCUGUGGAGUCGCCAUCUCCACUCCCAGAGGACCACACUUGGUGGAAGGAGGUGAUCAGAUCCUAACAGCCCAAUUUCACCGCUUGGGAACAGAGUCUUUCCUGUGGAGUUGCCCUGUGACUGCCCUGGGUGGGCCUGACUGUUCCCAUGGCAACACGGCAUCUGUGAUCAGCUCAGGAAACCAGACCCAGGUGCUGCCCCAGUGCAAUGACUCUAUGUCAGAACCAGCAGGCUCUGUGGCCUCAGAGGAGAGCGCCCCCUACUGCUCAAACUGCAGACAGCUCCGCUUGGUGGAUGGGGGCGGUCCCUGUGCCGGGAGAGUGGAGAUCCUUGACCAGGGCUCCUGGGGCACCAUCUGUGAUGACGGCUGGGACCUGGAUGAUGCCCCCGUGGUGUGCAGGCAGCUGUGCUGUGGAGAAGCCCUCAAUGCCACGGGGUCUGCUCACUUCGGGGCGGGAUCAGGGCCCAUCUGGCUGGACGAUCUGAACUGCACAGGAAAGGAGUCCCACGUGUGGAACUGCCCUUCGCACGGUUGGGGGCAGCAUGACUGCAGACACAAGCAGGAUGCGGGGGUCAUCUGCUCAGAGUUCCUGGCCCUCAGGAUGGUGAGUGAGGACCACCAGUGUGCUGGGUGGCUGGAAGUUUUCUACAACGGGACCUGGGGCAGUGUCUGCCGCAGCCCCAUAGAAGACAUCACUGUGUCCGUGAUCUGCGGACAGCUUGACUGUGGGGACAGUGGAACCCUCAACUCUUCUGUUGGUCUCAGGGAAGGUUCCAGACCCAAGUGGGUAGAUGGAAUCUGCUGUCAGAAAACUGAGACUCUCUGGCGCUGUCCUUCUGACCCUUGGAAUUAUGCUUCAUGUUCUCCAAAGGAGGAAGCCUAUAUUGCGUGUGAAGGCCGAAGACAGCUCCGCCUGGUGGACGGGGGUGGUCCCUGUGCCGGGAGAGUGGAGAUCCUUGACCAGGGCUCCUGGGGUACCAUCUGUGAUGACGGCUGGGACCUGGAUGAUGCCCGCGUGGUGUGCAGACAGCAGGGCUGUGGAGAAGCCCUCGAUGUCACUGUCUCUUCCUCCUUUGGGGCAGGAUCUGGGCCCAUUUGGCUGGACAACGUGAGGUGCACAGGAAAGGAGUCCCAUGUGUGGAACUGCCCUUCCCGGGGCUGGAAGAAGCACUACUGUGAUCAUAGCGAGGAUGCAGGAGUCAUCUGCUCAGGAUUUGUGCAUCUGGCUGGAGGGGAUGGACCCUGCUCAGGGCGAGUAGAAGUGCAUUCUGGUGAAGCCUGGACCCCAGUGUCUGAUGGAAACUUCACACUCCCUACUGCCCAGGUCAUCUGUAGAGAGCUUGGGUGUGGCAAGGCUGUGUCUGUCCUGGGACAUGUGCCGUUCAGAGAGUCUGAUGGCCAGGUCUGGGCUGAAGAGUUCAGGUGUGAGGGGGAGGAGCCUGAGCUCCGGGUCUGCCCCAGAGUGCCCUGUCCAGGGGGCAGGUGUCACCACAGUGGAGCUGCUCAGGUUGUCUGUUCAGUGUACACAGACAUCCGGCUCAUGAAAAACGGCACCUCUAGGUGUGAGGGGCAGGUGGAGAUGAAUAUUUCUGGACAAUGGAGAGCUCUCUGUGCCUCCCACUGGAGUCUGGCCAAUGCCAAUGUUGUCUGUCGUCAGCUUGGCUGUGGAGUCGCCAUCUCCACCCCAAAUGGAGCAGAAGGAAGUGAUCGACUCUGGAAAGCCCAAUUUCACUGCUCAAGUACUGAGUCCUUCCUGUGGAAAUGCCCUGUGACUGCCCUGGGUGUUCCUGACUGUUCCCAUGGCAACACGGCCUCUGUGAUCUGCUCAGGAAAUCAGACCCAGGUGCUGCCCAAGUGCAACGACUCCGUGUCUGAACCAGCAGGCUCUGCAGCUUCAGAGGAGAGCGCCCCCUACUGCUCAGACAGCAGACAGCUCCGCCUGGUGGACGGGGGCGGUCCCUGCGCCGGGAGAGUGGAGAUCCUUGACCAGGGCUCCUGGGGCACCAUCUGUGAUGACGGCUGGGACCUGGAUGAUGCUCGCGUGGUGUGCAGACAGCUGGGCUGUGGAGACGCCCUCAGUGCCACGGGGUCAGCUCACUUCGGGGCAGGAUCAGGGCCCAUCUGGCUGGACGACCUGAACUGCACAGGAAAUGAGUCCCAUGUGUGGAGGUGCCCUUCCCGAGGCUGGGGGAGUCACGACUGCAGACACAAGGAGGACGCGGGGGUCAUCUGCUCAGAGUUCCUGGCCCUCAGGAUGGUGAGCGAGGACCAGGAGUGUGCUGGGUGGCUGGAAGUUUUCUACAACGGGACCUGGGGCAGUGUCUGCCACAGCCCCAUGGAUGAGGUCACCGUGUCCAUCAUCUGCAGACAGCUUGGCUGUGGGGACAGUGGAAGUCUCAACACGUCUGUUGGUCUCAGGGAAGGUUCUAGACCCCGGUGGGUAGAUUUAAUCCAGUGUCGGAAAACAGAUACCUCUCUCUGGCAGUGUCCUUCUGACCCAUGGAAAUACAGUUCAUGCUCUCCAAAGGAGGAAGCCUACAUCUCAUGUGCAGGAAGAAGACCCAAGAGCUGUCCAGCUGCUGCCCCCUGCACAGACAGAGAGAAGCUCCGGCUCAGGGGAGGAGACAGCGAGUGCUCAGGGCGGGUGGAGGUCUGGCACAGCGGCUCCUGGGGCACCGUGUGCGAUGACUCCUGGAGCCUGGCAGAGGCCGAGGUGGUGUGUCAGCAGCUGGGCUGUGGCCCGGCCCUGGAAGCCGUGCGGGCCGCGGCGUUUGGCCCUGGAAACGGGAGCAUCUGGCUGGACGAGGUGCGGUGCGGGGGCCGGGAGUCCUCCCUGUGGGACUGUGCUGCGGAUCCCUGGGGGCAGAGUGACUGCAAGCACGAGGAGGAUGCUGGUGUGAGGUGCUCUGGUGCAAGGUCAACAUUGCCCCUGACUACAGCAGGGACCAGACCAGCCUUAAAUCCUCUCCCUGGCAUCUUCUCCCUGCCUGGGGUCCUCUGCCUCAUCCUGGGAGCCCUUCUCUUCCUGGUCCUCGUCAUCCUGGUGACUCAGCUGCUCAGAUGGAGAGCAGAGCGCAGAGCCUUAUCCAGCUAUGAAGAUGCUCUUGCUGAAGCUGUGUAUGAGGAGCUCGAUGACUUUGUGACUCAGAAGGAGGGUCUUCUUGGUAGCCCAGGCUUCCUGUCAGAUGACUCAGUGGAUAAACUGCCAUAUUACACCAGGGACGGUGAGGAGUACAGUGACUACAGAUUUGCACCAAGUAAUGGAGAUCAGAGGACUGAUGUCCCUGCUGAAAAUUACGAUGAUGCUGAAGAGGUACCAGUGCCUGGGGCUCCUCCUGCCUCUCAGGGGAGAGAGGAGAAACUGCCCCCAGAGAAGGAGGAUGGGGUGAGGUCUUCUCAGAAAGCCCCUUCUCUGAACUUCUCCAGAGAGGUGACUGAUCCUGGGGAAGGAGGAGAGAGUCCCUGGCUGCUCCAGAGGAAGAAAGGGGACCCUGGGUAUGAUGACGUUGAACUCAGUGUCCUGGGAACAUCCCCAGUGACAUUACGUGGAGUGAGAAUGGCUCUGAGCCAAUGCAUCUCCCUCCAGGGACUCUGGGUCCUCCUCCUCGGCACCGUGGUGGGUGGUCAAGAUCUAGAGCUGAGGCUGAAGGAUGGAGCCCACCGAGGUGAGGGGAGAGUGGAAGUGAAUCACCAAGGAGAAUGGGGCACAGUGCAUGGUGACAACUGGAGCUUGAAGGAUGCAUCCGUAGUGUGUAGACAGCUGGGGUGUGGAGCUGCCAUUGGUAUUCCUAAAGAGGCUUAUUUUGGACCAGGACUUGGCCCCAUUUGGCUUUUGUAUACUUCAUGUGAAGGCGUAGAGUCAACUGUCAGUGACUGUAGGCAUUCUAAUAUUAAAGACUAUCGUAAUGAUAGCUAUUCCCACAACUGGCAUACUGGAGUAGUCUGCUCAGGAUUUGUGCAUCUGGCUGGAGGGGAUGGACCCUGCUCAGGGCGAGUAGAAGUGUAUUCUGGAGAAGCCUGGACCCCAGUGUCUGAUGGAAACUUCACACUUCCCACUGCCGAGGUCAUUUGUGCAGAGCUGGGGUGUGGCAAGGCUGUGUCUGUCCUGGGACAUGUGCCCUUCAGAGAGUCAGAAGGCCGGGUCUGGGCUGAAGAGUUCAGGUGUGAGGGGCAGGAGCCUGAGCUCUGGGUCUGCCCCAGAGUGCCCUGUCCAGGGGGAACGUGUCACCACAAUGGAGCUGCUCAGGUUGUCUGUUCAGUGUACUCAGAAGUCCGGCUCAUGACAAAUGGCUCCUCUCAGUGUGAGGGGCAGGUGGAGAUGAACAUUUCUGGACGAUGGAGAGAGCUCUGUGCCUCCCACUGGAGUCUGGCCAAUGCCAAUGUUGUCUGUCGUCAGCUCGGCUGUGGAGUCGCCAUCUCCACUCCCAGAGGACCACACUUGGUGGAAGGAGGUGAUCAGAUCCUAACAGCCCGAUUUCACUGCUCAGGGGCAGAGUCUUUCCUGUGGAAUUGCCCUGUAACUGCCCUGGGUGGGCCUGACUGUUCCCAUGGCAACACGGCCUCUGUGAUCUGCUCAGGAAACCAGACCCAGGUGCUGCCCCAGUGUAACGACUCUAUGUCAGAACCAGCAGGCUCUGCGGCCUCAGUGGCGAGCGCCCCCUACUGCUCAGACAGCAGACAGCUCCGCCUGGUGGACGGGGGCGGUCACUGCGCCGGGAGAGUGGAGAUCCUUGAGCAGGGCUCCUGGGGCACCGUCUGUGAUGACGGCUGGGACCUGGACGAUGCCCGCGUGGUGUGCAGGCAGCUGGGCUGUGGAGAAGCCCUCAAUGCCACGGGGUCUGCUCACUUCGGGGCGGGAUCAGGGCCCAUCUGGCUGGACGACCUGAACUGCACAGGAAAUGAGUCUCACGUGUGGAGGUGCCCUUCCCGAGGCUGGGGGCGGCAUGACUGCAGACACAAGGAGGACGCGGGGGUCGUCUGCUCAGAGUUCCUGGCCCUCAGGAUGGUGAGUGAGGACCAGCAGUGUGCUGGGUGGCUGGAAGUUUUCUACAAUGGGACCUGGGGCAGUGUCUGCCGCAGCCCCAUAGAAGACAUCACCGUGUCCAUCAUCUGCAGACAGCUUGACUGUGGGGACAGUGGAACCCUCAACUCUUCUGUUGGUCUCAGGGAAGGUUCCAGACCCCGGUGGGCAGAUGGAAUCUGCUGUCAGAAAACUGACACCUCUCUCUGGCAGUGUCCUUCUGACCCUUGGAAUUACGCUUCAUGUUCUCCAGAGGAGGAAGCCUAUAUCGUGUGUGAAGGUAGCAGACAGCUCCGCCUGGUGGACGGGGGCGGUCCUUGCUCCGGGAGAGUGGAGAUCCUCGACCAGGGCUCCUGGGGCACCAUCUGUGGUUACAGCUGGGACCUGGAAGAUGCCCGCGUGGUGUGCAGACAGCUGGGCUGUGGAGAAGCCCUCGAUGCCCCUGUCUCUUAUUACUUUGGGGCGGGAUCAGGACCCAUUUGGCUGGACAACGUGAAGUGCACAGGAAAGGAGUCCCACGUGUGGAGGUGCCCUUCCCAAGGCUGGGGGAAGCACUACUGCGAUCAUAGCGAGGAUGCAGGAGUCAUCUGCUCAGGAUUUGUGCGUCUGGCUGGAGGGGAUGGACCCUGCUCAGGGCGAGUAGAAGUGCAUUCUGGAGAAGCCUGGACCCCAGUGUCUGAUGGGAACUUCACACUCCCCACUGCCCAGGUCAUCUGUGCAGAGCUGGGGUGUGGCAAGGCUGUAUCUGUCCUGGGACAUGUGCCGUUCAGAGAAUCUGAUGACCGGGUCUGGGCUGAAGAGUUCAGGUGUGAGGGGGAAGAGCCUGAGCUCCAGGUCUGCCCCAGAGUGCCCUGUCCAGGGGGCAGGUGUCAGCACAGUGGAGCUGCUCAGGUUAUCUGUUCAGUGUACACAGAAGUCCGUCUUAUGAAAAAUGGCACCUCUCAGUGUGAGGGCCGGGUGGAGAUGAAUAUUUCUGGACAAUGGAGAGCUCUCUGUGCCUCCCACUGGAGUCUGGCCAAUGCCAAUGUUGUCUGUCGUCAGCUCGGCUGUGGCGUCGCCAUCUCUACCCCAAACGGAGCAGAACGAAGUGACCAACUCUGGAAAGCCCGAUUUCACUGCUCAGGGGCUGAGUCCUUCCUGUGGCAAUGCCCUGUGACUGCCCUGGGUGGUCCUGACUGUUCCCAUGGCAACACAGCCUCUGUGAUCUGCUCAGGAAACCAGACCCAGGUGCUGCCCCGGUGCAACCACUUUGUGUCUGAACCAACAGGCUCUGCAUCCUCAGAGGAGAGCGCCCCCUACUGCUCAGACAGCAGACAGCUCCGCCUGGUGGACGGGGGCGGUCCCUGCGCCGGGAGAGUGGAGAUCCUUGACCAGGGCUCCUGGGGCACCAUCUGUGAUGAUGGCUGGGACCUGGACGAUGCCCGCGUGGUGUGCAGGCAGCUGGGCUGUGGAGACGCCCUCAAUGCCACGGGGUCAGCUCACUUCGGGGCGGGAUCAGGGCCCAUCUGGCUGGACGACCUGAACUGCACAGGAAAUGAGUCCCACGUGUGGAGGUGCCCUUCCCGAGGCUGGGGGCGUCACGACUGCAGACACAAGGAGGACGCGGGGGUCAUCUGCUCAGAGUUCCUGGCCCUCAGGAUGGUGAGCGAGGACCAGGAGUGUGCUGGGUGGCUGGAAGUUCUCUACAACGGGACCUGGGGCAGUGUCUGCCACAGCCCCAUGGAUGGUGUCACCGUGUCCAUGAUCUGCAGACAGCUUGGCUGUGGGGACAGUGGAAGUGUCAACACCUCUGUUGGUCUCAGGGAAGGUUCUAGACCCCAGUGGGUAGAUUUGAUUCAGUGUCGGAAAACGGAUACUUCUCUCUGGCAGUGUCCUUCUGGCCCAUGGAAAUACAGUUCAUGCUCUUCAAAGGAGGAAGCCUACAUCUCAUGUGCAGGAAGAAGACCCAAGAGCUGUCCAGCUGCUGCCCCCUGCACAGACAGAGAGAAGCUCCGGCUCAGGGGAGGAGACCGCGAGUGCUCAGGGCGGGUGGAGGUCUGGCGCAGCGGCUCCUGGGGCACCGUGUGCGAUGACUCCUGGAGCCUGGCAGAGGCCGAGGUGGUGUGUCAGCAGCUGGGCUGUGGCCCGGCACUGGAAGCCGUGCGGGCCGCGGCGUUUGGCCCUGGAAGCGGGAGCAUCUGGCUGGACGAGGUGCGGUGCGGGGGCCGGGAGUCCUCCCUGUGGGACUGUGCUGCGGAGCCCUGGGGGCAGAGCGACUGCAAGCACGAGGAGGAUGCUGGUGUGAGGUGCUCUGGUGUAAGGGCAACAUUGCCCGCGACUACAGCAGGGACCAGAACAACCUCACAUCCUCUGCCUGGCAUCUUCUCCCUGCCUGGGGUCCUCUGCCUCAUCCUGGGAGCCCUUCUCUUCCUGGUCCUCGUCAUCCUGGUGACUCAGCUGCUCAGAUGGAGAGCAGAGCGCAGAGCCUUAUCCAGCUAUGAAGAUGUUCUUGCUGAAGCUGUGUAUGAGGAGCUCAAUUACCUUGUGACACCGAAGGAAGGUCUGGGCAGCCCAGAUCAGAGGACUGAUGUCCCUGCUGAAAAUUACGAUGAUGUUGAAGAGGUACCAGUGCCUGGAACUCCUCCUGCCUCUCAGGGGAGUGAGGAGGAAGUGCCCCCAGAGAAGGAGGAUGGGGUGAGGUCCUCGCAGACAGGCUGUUCUCUGAACUUCUCCAGAGAGGUGGCUGAUCCUGGGGAAGGAGGAGGGAGCCCUUGGCUGCUCCAGGGGCAGACAGGGGACCCUGGGUACGAUGAUGUUGAAUUCAGUGCCCUGGGAACAUCCCCAGUGUCUUUCUCAUGAUGCUUUAAAUAUGAGAUGGAGCCUCAGGUAUUCUAACUGCCUGUAUUUCAAUAGAGUAGAGCUGACCUGUAAUUGUGUUAUGUGGAAAUUUCUCAAAAUGAGAUAUUCUGAAUAAAUUAACUUUUUGCU